GUGUUUCGGCUAAAAUUUAAAUAAAAAUCGAAGAAAAAAGCUCAAAAAUGGGAAAUUGCGUUUCAAGAUCGAGAAAAGGAAAAUUCGUGAUAAACGAGAACAACAAUUGUUUUGUUGUGAAUAUGCCGCACAAAAAACAUGCAACAAGUGUUUCAAGUGAAGAAACGAACAAAAUGCCUGCUUCAACACAACAAGAGCCUAACAAUGAUUUUGUCGAAGGCGUCGUUUGCAAAGAAACGGAUCUAAACGAAAAUGAGAUGAAAACUUUCGAAUUGGGCGAUCACGGCAAAGUCUUAGUCGUCAAGCAACACGGACAAUUCAAAGCUGUCGGCACAAAAUGCAGUCAUUACGGCGCUCCUCUCGUCACCGGAUCCCUUGGCGAUGGUCGAGUUCGUUGCCCCUGGCAUGGCGCUUGCUUCAAUUUAACCACAGGCGACAUUGAAGAUUUCCCAGGCGCCGAUUCGCUUCCUUGUUACCAAGUUAAUGUCGAAAAAAAUGGCGACGUGAAGGUCCGUGCUCGCAAAACUGAGUUGGAAACAAACAAAAGGGUCAAAAAAUUAGCGUUGCGCGACAACAACGACGAACGAACAUUUGUAAUUGUGGGCGCUGGACCAUCCGGGGCUAUUUGCGCCGAGACAUUACGUCAAGAGGGAUUCACCGGAAGAGUUGUUUUGGUCGGCGACGAGCCUUAUUUGCCUUAUGAUCGGAUAAAAGUGACAAAAGCAAUGAAUGUGACAGUCGAUAAACUGCUGAUUCGCGAUCAAACGUACUACGACACGAACUCGAUCGAGACAAUGAUCGGCGUAAAGGCCACAGAAUUGGUCCCAAGCACAAAAGAAGUCGUUUUGAGUAACGGAUAUCGCAUCAAGUAUGACAAAGUGUUUGUCGCAACGGGAUCUUCAGCGCGAAAAAUCGACAUUCCGGGGGCAGAUUUGAAAAAUGUUUGUGUGGCACGCAACGUUGACGACGCCGCCUUCAUCCAAAGUCAACUGAACAAAGAUAAGCAUGUGGUUGUCUUGGGUGUGAGUUUUAUCGGGUUAGAAGCAGCCGCAUAUUGCGUUGAUAAAGUUGCCUCGGUAACCGUAAUUGGUCGCGAUAAUGUCCCAUUGAAACCCGUUUUUGGCGCGACAAUCGGCGGUCGCAUCCAAAAAUUCCUCGAAAGUAAAGGAAUUGUCUUCAAAAUGAACAACGGCUUGAAAAAAUGCAUUUCCGACGAUGCGGGCAACUUAAACUCCGUCGAACUGAAUGAUGGCGAAAUUUUAAAAGCGGAUUUGUGCGUUAUGGGAGUCGGAUCGACUUUAAAUACGGAAUUUUUGAAAAACUCUGGAAUUAAUAUCAACAAAAAUGGCAGUAUUGAUGUCAAUGAGUACCUUCAAACGAAUUUCGAGGAUGUUUUUGCUGGAGGUGAUAUCGCCAAUGCUCCUGUUUUUUCGAGUAACAAUGAAAAAGUCACGAUCGGGCAUUAUGGACUCGCGCAGUAUCAUGGAAGGAUGGCAGCUUUUAAUAUGGUUGGAAAGACAAAAGCACUGAAAGCUGUUCCGUUCUUUUGGACGACGUUGUUUGGUGUGAGUUUCAGAUAUUCCGGGCAUGGAAAAGCUGUGGAUUCAAUGAUUGUUGGAGAUCUCGAGAAAAUGGAUUAUACGGCGUAUUUCUUUGAUAACAAUGAUAAAGUUAUUGCCAUUAGCAGUUGUGGACCGACGCCAGGUCCCAUUGUUGCAAGUUGGGCAGAAUUCACUACACAAGGAAAAACAAUUUAUCGCAAAGACUUGGAAUCAGAUGCAAAUGCGUGGCUUAAACAAAUCAAUAACUAACUUAAGAAAAUAUGAAAAUUCGAGAAAAUCGACUGAAACUCAAAAAAAUUAUUAAAAUGUUUUUCUGAAAAGAAUUUUCUGAAAAAAAUCGAAAUUUUUGAAAAAGUAUGAAGCUUCGAAGUUAUAUAGAAAAUUUCAAAAAUAAUUUUUAAAUACAAAAUUUUAUAAAUCCUUGGAUAAAAGAGAAAUUUUCUGACAAAAUGAAGCCAUUGUUAAUUAAUUUUAAUGAAAUUUUUGAUAUUUUAGAUCGAAAAAUUUACUAUUUUUUGCC